AUGAACGACGAGACGGAUGGGUCUCCUAAAGCCAUCAGCAAGAAGCCAGAUUCACUGGGCGACAACUGGAUUCGAAUGCCAGGAAGCUUCGACCCACUGAACGAAAAUUACGGGACUCAAUGGGAAGACCGUGAUCCCAACACGGAGGAACUCUCAGAGAUACCGGAGACACCCGACGAAAACCUUCACAAACAGACACCCGGUCAGGAGGACGCUGGCAGCACUGACUCGGAAGAUGAUCAAGUGAUCAAGAAUACCUCUGAUCAUAAUCAAGCGGAACACAGAGCCUCUGAUUGGAAAGGGGAAGACAGCGAAGCCGAUCAGCAUGUCUUCACUCUACUGAAAGAAAUCAGUAACGAGCAAUGGAAAGAGAAGUUGAUCCAGGACCUAAAGCAGGAUCCAACCAAGCUUACAGGGGAACUGCGACGCAUUAUCUCGCAAUGUCCGCACUGGAGGAAGGGACAGGAUGCCCAUGCAGGAAGCCAGGGUGCGCUUGCAUUGGAUACUCUGCACACCCAGACCACGGAAGAAGACAUUGGACAGGAUGUUGGGAAGACUAUUGUCAAGUUCACUACGACGCGAAGCUUGGACAACAUUUCCCACGACAGCCACGAGGCUACAGUUCUGAAUCAGAACGCUCGAGUCAUGGUGGACUCCGGGGCAACGGGCAACUUCAUGGAUCCAAGAUUUCAGGAACAGCUGAAGAUCUUAGGAAUAACAAAGGCUACGCCAGAGCCUAUCACAGGACUGAACGGUGAACCAUUGGGAGGACACCUUACAGUCGAAUCAGGACCAGUACCCAUGGUUGUAAAGGGUCAUUUCGAGUAUAUAAGUUUCGACGUGACACCUUUGGGACGGUAUGACGUGGUGUUAGGGAUCCCAUGGCUUCGGGAUCACAACCCAGAGAUUGAUUGGAAGACAGAGAGUCUUCAAUUCACGAAAUGUGAAUGCCCACGACAAGGCCAGAUGAAGAAGGCAUCUGAGGCCAAACGGCGUGCUCAGGGCCAAACGAGCCGAGCUGACGCUAAGAGGUCAAGGGGUGGACCUACCAACACGCUAACUGAAGACGCCGAGCAGGUGGACACUGCGGUCGCAGUUAUGGCAGCAACCAAACCCACGGGAAAGGAAUGGUUAGCGCGACUUUCUGGUUGGGCACCAGACACACGACAAGAGUACGCCAAUACGAUGGCUACCACGGAAUACAACACGGAACUGCAUGAACAGAUCGAAUCAUGGCAAAUGGUCGAUGCUACAGAAUUAGCAGCCAACAAAGAAAUACAGCAGUUACCGAACGAAUACGAAAGAUUUCAGGAACUAUUCGAACAACCCGAAAAACCUGAAUUACCAGAACACGGAAAACAUGACCACCAGAUCCCUCUCAAGAAUGAAGACAAAGUCGCAUGCAGAAAGAUCUACCCUAUGUCAGAAAAGGAGUCACAGAUCUUACGACAGUAUAUUGAGGAACAACUUGCAAAAGGCUACAUCCGACCAUCAACAUCACCUGCAGGGCACGGAGUCCUGUUCGCACCAAAAAAGGAUGGGAGCUUGCGAUUGUGCGUCGAUUACCGACCAUUGAACGAACAAACCAUUAAGGAUCGACAUCCGUUACCGCUCAUUGCAGAGAUACAGGACAAAAUCAGAGGAGCAAAAUGGUUCACAAAGUUCGACAUUACCGACGCAUACAACAGAUUGAGAAUCGCAAAAGGAGAAGAAUGGAAGACGGCUUUCAGGACGAAAUACGGACAUUUCGAAUACUUGGUCAUGCCAUUCGGGCUAACCAACGCGCCAGCAUCAUUUCAGCGAUUCAUCAACGAAGUUUUGGGAGAAUUGCUCGACACCUUUGUCAUCGCGUACCUAGACGAUAUUCUGGUAUUCUCGAAUAACGAAGAAGAGCACAUCCGACACGUGAAGCAAGUGCUACGGAAGCUACGCAUUGCUAAAUUACGACUGAAACUCAAGAAGUGUGAGUUCCAUGUCCAAGAGACAGAGUUCUUAGGACACUGGAUCACCACCGAAGGAGUACACAUGGAGAGAAGCAAGGUCCAGGCAAUCAGGGAUUGGCCUGUACCCAAAAGCUUGAAAGAAGUCCAACAGUUUACCGGAUUGAUCAACUAUUAUCGGAGAUUUAUCGAUGGAUACGCCAAAUCCAUGGUACCGAUAUUCAACCUGUUGAAACAGAAUCAGAAGUUCGAAUGGACAACACAGGCACAGCAAGCCUUCGAGGACGUGAAACAGAGAAUCACGACCGCACCAAUCCUAGUACAGCACGAUCCAGAAAAGCUGACUACGAUCGAAACCGACGCAUCCGACUAUGCUAUCGGUAUGAGAAUGACACAACCGGAUGAGAACGGCAGAGCCAAACCAAUUGCGUUCCAUUCACGAAAACUUAUUCAGGCAGAAAUGAACUACGACAUUCACGACAAAGAAUUGCUAGCCAUAGUGACAGCAUUCAAA